AUGUACAACGGGAUAGGAUUACAGACAGCGAGAGGUUCAGGGACUAAUGGUUACGUUCAGACAAACAAGUUCAUCGUGAGGCCUAGGAAUGGUGGUACGCCCGUUAAUGGUGGAAAAGGGUUUGAGGAUGGUCAGGGAACUGCUGGUUUAUCUAAGAAACCAAACAGAGACAUACUUGAGCAUGACCGCAAGCGUCAGAUUCAUCUUAAGCUUGCUGUGCUAGAAGACGAGCACUCUGAUCAGGGCUUUUCUGAUGCCGAGAUUGCUCAGAAGAUUGAGGAAGCUAGAGUGAAGUUCGAAGCUGCUGCUUCUGAAGAGAGUGAUGCGAAGAUCUCUGAUACGCAAACCCAUCAGGUUGCUGCAAGGAAAGAGAAACAGAUGGAAGCUUUUCGAGCUGUGCUUGGUUUGCGUGAUCAAGAGCAAGCUGAAGAAGGGAUCAUUGAUGAUGAGCCAGAAGUGGUAGUGAAAGAGAGGCGAGAACAUUCCUCGGAUUCUGACAGUGACAGUAGAAAGAAGAGAAGGAAGGCUACAAAGAAGGGCGGUAGAAGCAAAAGAAGUGUCUCUUCUGAAUCUGUAUCAGAAGAUGAGAGUGAUGACAGCCAGAAGCUUCGGAAGUCACACAAAAAGAGUCGGCCUUCUAACCUAUCUGGUUCAAAAGAAGCAAGGGACAAACAUGAAGAAAAAAGAAGAGGAGGGCGGAAGAGGCAUGAUUCUGAUGUUAGCGAGUCUGAAUCUGAACAAGAAGAAGCUCACCGUGGAAGAAAAAAGCAUGAGGAAGAGGCUGUGUCCAAGCAUGGCAAGGACAAUUAUAGAGGUGGUUCUAGGGGCAAGAAAGCUGUAAGAGACUCUGAUAACAGUGAGACAGAGUAUGAGAAGAACAAGAAACAACUGCGCAGUAAAAUAGAAGUUUACAGUGGAGGAAUGAGCAAGGAAGAAGAUGCUGUGGCCAAGCAAGACAAGGACAGAUAUAGAAGUGAUUCUCAUAGCAAGAAGGUUGCAAGGGACUCUGAUGACAGUGAGGCUGAGUAUGAAAACAGGAGGAAGCUGAAGGAUGAAAGUCACCAAAGAGGAAGGAAGCACAUAUGA